UCAAAAUUUAUUUAAUUUCUCUCUCAAUCGAUUAAUCCACACUCUGCAAGCACCACCAUGGCCUCAGCGUUGUUAACCCCAAUCUUCUCCACCACCGCCCAUGGCAGCCGCCACAACAUCGCCACCCCAUCGUUCCAAGGGCUCAGGCCCCUAAGCAAGUGCCCUUCAUCCAAGCUCACCUCCAACUUUUCAUCUGGUAGAAAGGUGGGUGGUGUGAAGGCAGAGUUGAGCGCCCCCGUGGUUAUAAGCCUGAGCACGGGUCUGUCCCUCUUCUUGGGUCGCUUCGUCUUCUUCAAUUUCCAAAGAGAGAACGUGGCGAAGCAAGUGCCGGAGCAAAACGGGUUGACCCAUUUUGAAGCGGGUGACACGAGAGCUAAAGAGUAUGCCAGCCUUUUGAAAUCCAACGAUCCCGUGGGAUUCAACAUCGUGGAUGUUCUUGCUUGGGGCUCCAUUGGUCAUAUCGUUGCUUACUAUAUCUUGGCUACCUCCAGCAAUGGCUAUGAUCCUAAUUUCUUUACUUGAAUCUGACAGCUCUUGCUCUUGUGUUCUUUAAUCUUUCUUGUUUUCUUAUAUAUAUAACCCUUUUGUAAAAUUUGUAUACUUUUUGC